UGUUCCGUUUACCGGUAUAAGCGAGUUCUACACACGCACUGCGAAGCUCUAAAUCAAACGGAAACGUUUCUGGAUUUUGGAGUUAUUUCACAUCGAGUCGGGUAAUCGUUAAUAGACUUUGACAUAGUAACGCUGUCUUCUGAACGCAAGGCAUAAUUUUUGAAAGGGAGUUGUUUCCGUAUCAGUUUAAUUGAUUUGUUCGUUAUCCCGCGCGCGCUAUUGUAACGACACGGUCUGUGCGAGCGCUAUUUAGCUUUACCGGAUAGAAAUCUUCACAGGACCGACAACUGGAACGUGUGCAUGUACCCCUGCUCAUCUGCAGUUCCAGUUGCACAAUGGCAGUCUAUUCAAUCAGUUUGAUGUCUCAGCACCAAAGAAACAGCAAAAAAUCUAGUUUAAUUACAGGAUAGCAAUAAGCCCACACUUUACCUCUAGUUUUCUGGUCAGUACCAGUUAAACGUAUUAAUUUGCACAAAGAACCCUGUUAAAUACAGGCAGUUCUAAAGAAGUUAAUUAUUUAUUUGACCAUUUACCUCUUAAUUUUACAAGGUGCUGUUUAGAAACGGCAGCUAUUUUGACAGGCAUUCAUUAACUUUUAAGAUCGUGAAGCAAUUUCUCUAUAGCCUAUAAUCAUGGUAUCAACUACUGCUACUGCAAUAAUACUGGUCACCACGGUGGGGCUGGCCAGUACCCACACUGCUCUGACAGAGUAUACGUGGUUGCUGGUUGUCGGCUUCAUCAUCGCCUUCGUCCUAGCCUUCUCCGUGGGUGCCAAUGAUGUCGCCAACUCGUUUGGCACAGCCGUCGGCUCCGGAGUCGUCACCUUGCGACAGGCGUGCAUUCUGGCCACAGUCUUCGAGACCGUGGGCUCUGUGCUCCUUGGGGCCAAAGUGAGUGAAACCAUCCGGAAGGGCAUCAUCGAUGUGAACAUGUACAACGGCUCCGAGCAUGUGUUGAUGGCUGGAUCUAUCAGCGCCAUGUUCGGUUCUGCUGUGUGGCAGCUGGCCGCCUCCUUCCUUAAGCUCCCCAUCUCUGGAACACACUGCAUUGUUGGUGCUACUAUAGGCUUCUCGCUGGUUGCCAGAGGUCAGCAGGGAGUCAAGUGGUUUGAACUCCUCCGUAUCGUUGCUUCCUGGUUCCUGAGUCCUCUUUUGUCGGGAAUAAUGUCUGCCGUUGUUUUCUACUUUGUGCGUAUGUUCAUCUUACGCAAGAAAGACCCGGUACCGAAUGGAUUGAGGGCGCUGCCUGUGUUCUACGCUGUGACCAUGGGAAUCAACCUGUUCUCCAUCAUGUACACUGGCGCUCCGAUGCUCGGAUUUGACAACAUCCCUUGGUGGGGCACCCUGCUCAUCUCAUUGGGCUUCUCUGUGCUGACCGCCCUGGUGGUCUGGUUUAUUGUCUGCCCUCACCUCAAGAAGAAGAUUGAACGAGAUAUCAAGUCUGCCAGCCCAUCGGAGAGCCCCCUGAUGGAGAAGAGGGAGCUGAGAGAGGCCCACUGUCCAAUCCUGAAACAGGCCGCCAAGGAGACGUCGACGCCUCCCGCCCCAGCUGUCAAUCAAAGCCCCUCUGAGCAGUCCCAGGCUGCCCCGGAGGAGCGCCGGGUGGCAUUUGACAUUGGAGAUUGUGACGAUGUUGACAAUAAUAAGGAACGUAGGGUGGCGUUUGACAUCGGAGAUUCUGAUGACUCGGACUACAGCAAUGCAAAUGGUGCUCCUAAACAGGUCCAAUCAGACAGUCAGGUCAACAACCAGCAAAAUUCAGCCAAUCAGGUCCAGUUCAACAAUGAGGUCCAGUUCAACAACAGGCCGGCACAGAUUCCCAGUAACGGUUACAGCCAGUACCACACAGUCCACAAGGACUCGGGCCUCUACAAGGACCUGCUGCACAAGCUCCACCUGGCCAAGGUUGGCGACUGCAUGGGCGAGGGGGGGGACCGACCAAUCCGGCGCAACAACAGCUACACCUCCUACACCAUGGCCAUCAUCGGCAUGCACGGAGACUUCAAGCAUAAAGAAGGGGAGUACCGUGCCUACGAGGAAAGCGACAAGGGCACGGGGGCAGCGGGUCAGGAAAGGAAGCGCGUGCGUAUGGACAGUUACACCAGCUACUGCAACGCUGUGGCAGAGCACACGACUCCCGAGGCUCUGGGAGAGGGUGACGUGACACUAGAAAUGGCGAAGGAGGACGCAGGAAGCAGCCAAAGCUCUCUGGAUGAUGACGACAGGCGUGACGCAGACAAGCCAGAAGUGUCCACUCUCUUCCAGUUCCUCCAAAUUCUCACCGCCUGCUUUGGAUCCUUUGCCCAUGGAGGAAAUGACGUGAGUAAUGCCAUUGGCCCGUUGGUAGCUCUGUGGCUGGUUUACACGACCAGCAGUGUGACUUCGAACGAACCCACGCCCAUUUGGCUGCUGCUGUACGGCGGUGUGGGCAUCUGCGCUGGACUCUGGGUUUGGGGUCGCAGAGUGAUCCAGACUAUGGGCAAGGACCUUACUCCCAUCACCCCCUCAAGUGGUUUCAGCAUCGAACUGGCCUCAGCCGUGACUGUCGUGGUAGCCUCUAACAUUGGCCUGCCUGUCUCCACCACCCACUGCAAGGUGGGCUCUGUGGUUGCAGUCGGAUGGUUGCGCUCAAAGAAGGCAGUAGACUGGCGUCUCUUCAGGAACAUCUUCCUGGCGUGGUUUGUGACUGUGCCCAUCUCUGGUCUGAUCAGUGCCGCCAUCAUGGCUAUCUUCAUCUACGGCAUCCUUUGAGCCUUGGGCUGCACCCCCAACCAGGGGAGGAGAAAGAAACCGCUUCAGUGCGCACCAAAAGAAAAGGAAAAGAGUUGGAAGGCCAGAAUAUAUCGCUUACCUCGAGCCAACAACUUUGGAAGAAAAAGGAGAAAAAAAUAGAAAUAUUUGAACAGGACUUGUGAUUAUGGGCCUGUGGUUCUUGGCUGCAUUGUUUUCAACCUAGAAUUUGCUGUUUGUUCCAUUCUGGCCACAUGAUAUCUAGCAGGAAGCUUGCAUUUCCUUGUUCCGACUUGCUUUUUCAUAUCGCAACAUUCUGUAACGAGUUAUUCUGAAAGCGUCAACUCAUUUAUAUUUUUGUAUUUUCUUUCAGUUUCCUAUUUUACUUUGCAAUUAUGUAAAUACAACCAUGUUCUGUUUUUAACUUUGUUUUACAAGUUAGAAAGAAGUGAACAACUCAAGAUGCAGUGUAAGCCUUUUGCCGAUGUAACUUAAGUCAUAACACAUGCUGAAAGUAACGUAGAUGCAAAAGCAGUAUUUUUAGGUUUGAAUGUGCGUGUUUUCCCCCCCCUCAUUUCUAAGUAAUUAUUAAUGAAAUAAUGUUUUCAAUCUGGCUUGUAUCUCCUAAACUGUGGUACAUUAGCUAUUCCCCUUCUCUUGUUAUAUAAGUAAAGUCACUUUAACCGGACUGUUGAUUCAGAUAGGUGGCUGACGGUGUUUUCUAACAUACUUAAACAUUCGAUCACAUUCCUGCAGUGUUUAUGGCAUAAUUGUCAGUACCAGCUGUAUGACCACCUGCAGAGUAUGUGAAAUACUGUAGCAAGAGCAUAGAAGUCGGCCCACUCUGGCAGGAAAUGAUAACACCUGCAAUCCAGUCCAUCAGAAUGUCCUGAGUCUCCACAUUCUCGCUCUUCGCCUGGUAUUAUUAGUUACUUGAAUUUUGAGAAAUGUACCACCAGAAUGUUGACGAACAGAAACACAUGCUCUCAAACGAGUCUCCUGUUUAAACUUGAUUGCAUCAUCUUUGAUGGUUAAAUGCUUAAUGCCUUCUCCAGCGUUGUUUCCAGGUCACCGUGUAUUGGCUACUUCCCAGUAUGUUCUUUUUCUGUGAGAUUUGCACCUGCCUACACAUUUGGUUGUUGUAGCUAUCCUCUCUCUUUCUCAUCCUGAAGGCGAUUUAAGGUUGUAAAAGAGAGCAAGAACCCAAAACUGGAAGUUCCGAGUGGUUUGGUGUUAAGCUGAUCUAGUCUCUUGUUUGACUAAGGGUGGCCAUACGUUGCCUGUGUGGUCAUUUUGGCUGCAGUACUAAAUGCAUAUCGGAUCUAUAGCUGCUGUAGUUGCCUUAAUUGUUUUAAUUUUCCCUUUAGGUACCAAAGAAAAGUGUUUUGGUUUUUUUGGUUUUUUUUUUAAAUGCACAUCAAUAUACUCUAGUCCACACUUGUGGAUGGAAAAAAUAAAAAAUGGGAAAAUAA